AUGAAGGAUAGCAACCCCUUUUCCGAGUCUUCAUAUAGAAACUUUGCUGGAGACUCAAUGAAGGAACCAUAUGUAGAACAUGACAACGAGUUUGCUAAACUCGGUUACCUGGUGUUUCGCUCAUUUGUGCAAGACGAUGACAAUAUUUCAAACAGGCCCGAACGAAGGCUUUCACUGAAUACAACAAGUUUGAACAGAUAUCUAAAUCAUCAGGAUUAUCCUUACGAUCCGGUUUCUAUGCAAUAUCAUGUCGGUCCUCGGUUAAACACACGAUCAUUGCGUGCUAAAAAUAACCAUUUAAGGAAGCAACCUGCUGUAAAACCUAGACUUAUCAUCGAAGAUACAGCGUUCAGUAAAAGAUCUAAGCAGAAAAUUUCUCCUGGAGGAAACGUUGCUAUGCUCGGUUAUGACAGGAUUGAUCAAUUAGAUACAUCAAAUUCCUAUCUGGGAAAUUUCGGUGUUCACCAUGAUGGCCCAUUCGAACCGUGUUGUAAGCACCGAAACUUGGAUAUUAGUACCAGCCCGGUCGCUGCUUUUUCGGAAAACAGUGAAGCAAACAGUUUAAGCACUUUAAUUCCAAAAGAUCAAUCUGUAGAAGAUUUGGCUUCAGAAAACGGGAUAUGGGGAGGCGUCAAUACUAAUACUUAUGGUUCACCGUCAUAUGUUGAGCAAGGUAGAUCCAAUUCUCUUAACCAAGAAAGCGAAUCCUUAUUGAGUUAUAAUGAUGACACACAACAAUCAGAAAGCCGUUUACAAAGAAAAGCUUCACUCUUGGGCCGUUUGCGACACAACUGUAAGAAAAAAUUCUCUAGUGGCACUACAAAGUAA